AUCUGUUUGUUCUGCUGUCGGUGGUGUGUGUUCUCCUCAACCUGGCUGGCUUCAUCCUCUGCUGCCAGGGGGCUCAGCUGGUCUCCACCAUGACCAACUGCCAACUGGUGUGUAACUGUUGUCCCCAGAUCCCCAUGUGCCCUGAGGAGAAACUCCUCAAACUCUACCCUGGGCACUCCUGUAACACCAUGAGGGUCCUGCUCAAGAAGGUUCUGUUUGCUCUGUGUGUUCUGAAUGCUCUGACCACUGCAGUAUGCCUGGUGGCUGCUGCCCUGCGGUACCUACAGAUCUUCACCACACGACGCCCAUGUAUGGAUGACCCCAGGCCAAUCAGAGAGGAAGGGGAGGAGCCAAAUAUCGUCCCUGACCCAGAUGAGUUUGUUCCCCCUGCCCCYCCCCCUUCCUACUUCUCAACCUUCUACUCCUACACCCCCCGGCUGGCUCGCAGGAUGUUUGGGGACAGUGUGAUACCUCUGCCUCCUGUCUAUGCAGCCAGGAUUAAAGGAGUAGAAGUGUUCUGUCCUCUUGACCCUCCCCCUCCAUACGAGGCUGUUACAGGAGGCUCCGCCCUCGCUACCGCAACACAGGUACACACAAUGUUCUGGCGCGGCUUAUACAGGGCAUUCGGAAAGUAUUGAGACUCCUUGACUUUUUCCACAUUUUGUUAUG